GGUUUUUUUCAGUCUGUUACUUAAUUUCCUGAUUUUCUAAAUAAAAUUGCUUCCUACUCAACGGGAUGGAUUAGGGGGAAGUGUAUUUAACGGUUGGCAACAUUUUGUUUAGAGUGCGAAAAUUCAAUUUUGAAGGCUUAUUUCGAGAAGCAAUAAUUUUCAUUUAAACAAUUAAACUCGUUAUUGGCAAAUAGCUUGCAAUGGCAGACACGGAAGUCAAAGAGCAGAAGGAAGAGCCGAAGAAAAUCGUACAUACUUACCCCUUAGUGAGGCACUCCGAUAUGGCGGAAGAGACCAAAGCUGAGAUAAUGGAACUGGUGGUAACGGCGUGUGAGAAAUUCUCCUCAAACAACGAGGCUGCGGCCAAAAUGGUGAAAGACGAAAUGGACAAAAAACUGGGGCCCCCAUUUCACGUCGUAGUAGGAGAGGAUUUCGGUUUCGAAAUCUCAUACGAAUGCUCCAACUUGCUUUACAUGUUUUUCGGGGGGAACCUAGCAAUAGUUAUUUGGAAGUGCUAAUCAACAACCCUGAUUAUCGGGUACAUUCGAUGUGCCUUCAGCUCUAAACUAGUCAAACACAUACAUUGAAACGAUAUGUUUAUUAGCAUAUAAAACCUAUGUAAAGUCAGUCAUAUUACAGUAAGUGAUUACGUAUUUUUGUAAUACAUAUUUGUCUAUAAACA